UCUAUCUUUUGACCUUCUUUCCGCUGGAUCCUUCGGAAGUGCGAAACGAAAACCGCAUUGUGAAUUUGUGAUAUAUAAUGGCUCUUGCCGCAAAAUCUCCAAUUUUGUAUUUUAAUGUUUUGAAGUAUGCUCCUGUCGCACUUAAUGCUGCAAGCAGACAGAACUCAUGGUGGUCUCAUGUGGAGAUGGGACCUCCGGAUGCCAUUUUAGGAAUUACAGAUGCUUAUAAAAAAGAUACUAAUCCAAAGAAAAUAAAUUUAGGUGUGGGUGCUUAUCGGGAUGAUAAUGGAAAACCCUAUGUCCUACCAAGUGUUCGAGCGGCAGAACACAAGAUAAUAUCCCAGGCUAUGGAUAAGGAAUAUGCUGGAAUCAUUGGCGUUGCUGAUUUUUGUAAAGCUGCGGCAAAACUUGCAUUUGGUGAAAGCAGUGUUGUUAUCAAAGAAGAGUUGAAUGCAACUGUUCAAGGCAUUUCUGGAACAGGAUCCUUGUAUAUUGGUGGUGCUUUCCUAGGAGAUUUUUUCAAAGGCAAUAAAGAAAUUUACAUGCCUACACCCACAUGGGGAAAUCAUAUUCCUCUUUUCAGGAGGUGUGGUUUAGCAGUUAAACAAUAUAGAUACUAUGAUCCAAAAACAUGUGGUUUUGAUUUCAAUGGAGCUCUUCAAGAUAUAGCUAAAAUACCUGAGAAUUCCAUCAUAUUACUGCAUGCAUGUGCUCAUAACCCCACUGGAGUUGAUCCAAAGCCAGAACAAUGGAAAGAGAUGUCUAAUGUCAUCAAAUCUCGUAAACUAUUCCCAUUUUUUGAUAUGGCUUAUCAAGGAUUUGCUUCUGGCGACUGUGAUCGGGAUGCUCAAGCUGUGAGGAUGUUUAUUGAAGAUGGUCACAGAGUAGCAUUAGCACAAUCAUUUGCUAAAAAUAUGGGUCUUUAUGGUGAACGUGUUGGUGCAUUCAGUAUGGUUUGCAGUUCCAAAGAGGAAGCUCAAAGAGUAAUGUCUCAAUUGAAAAUUAUUAUUCGACCAACUUACUCAAAUCCUCCUAUUCAUGGAGCAAGAAUAGCUGGCAUGGUUCUAACAGAUCCUGCUUUAAAUAAACAAUGGUUACAAGAAGUUAAAGGAAUGGCUGAUCGCAUUAUUGGUAUGCGAACAAAGCUGCGUGAUGGAUUAAAGAAAGAAGGUUCAACUAGAAACUGGCAACACAUUACUGAUCAAAUCGGAAUGUUUUGUUUUACUGGCAUGGCCCAAGAUCAAGUUGAAAGGCUGACCAAAGAAUUUAGUGUUUAUCUGACUAAGGAUGGUCGAAUUUCUGUUGCUGGAGUUUGUUCUGGAAAUGUUGACUACUUAGCACAUGCUAUGCACCAAGUUACAAAAUAGACUGGCUUAUCACAAUCUCGUUUUCUACAGAACAGUAAUAUAUUUUUGUGUUCUGACUGGGUAUUAGACCACACAUGUAGAUUCUGUAAAUUCAAGAAAUCAAAAAUAUAAGAUACAAAUGAGUGACUUAGUUACAGAUCAAGAUUUUGAAUCAUGCAGGAAAUGAUGUACAUAAAGUUCUCUCAAUAAAUCAAGCUUUCGAUA